UCUCGCGUGGUCCUGCAGCUUGUUCCCCGUUCGACAAUUCACCCACGAUGCUACCCAAACUCGCCCGUCUCGUUUCCAUUGGUCUCCUGGCCAGCGGAGCCGCCUCCGCGGCGUGCAUCCGCAAGGGCUUCGUCACCGUCAAGGGCACCAAGUUCCAGCUGGACGGCGAGGACUUCAACUUUGCGGGCAGCAAUGCUUACUACUUCCCCUUUGACAACAACCAAGCCGACGUCGAGGCCGGUCUGACCGCCGCAAAGGACGCCGGACUGAAGGUCUUCCGCACCUGGGGCUUCAACGACAAGAACGCCACGUACAACCCCGACGGCCUGCCCAAGUACGGCGGCGAGGGCGCCGGCGACACUGAGAUCGUCUUCCAGCGAUGGUACGACAACGGCACGUCCGUCAUCAACAUCGAGGCCUUUGACAAGGUCGUCGCCGCCGCCACCAAGGUCGGCAUCAAGCUGAUCGUCGCGCUGACCAACAACUGGGCUGACUACGGCGGCAUGGACGUCUACACGGUCAACCUGGGUGGGAAAUACCAUGACGAUUUCUAUCACGUCCCCGUCAUCAAGGACGCCUUCAAGCGCUACGUCAAGGAGUUCGUCACCCGCUACAAGGACUCCCCCGCCAUCAUGGCCUGGGAGCUUGGCAACGAGCCGCGCUGCGGCGCCGACGGCGUCCGCAACCUCCCGCGCAGCGGCGACUGCACGCCGGAGCGCCUGGGCGCCUGGAUCGCCGAGAUGAGCGCCUUCGUCAAGGGCCUCGACCCGAAGCACCUCGUCACCUGGGGCGGCGAGGGCGGCUUCAACGUGCCCUCGGACGACUGGGCAUACAAUGGCGCCGACGGCAGCGACUUCGACCACGAGCUCGCCCUGCCGCACAUCGACUUCGGCACCUUCCACUCGUACCCGGACUGGUGGAGCAAGACGGUCGAGUGGACGGAGCAGUGGAUCCGCGACCACGCCGCCUCCGGCCGGAGGGUCGGCAAGCCCGUCGUCCACGAGGAGUACGGCUGGCUGACGCCCGACAAGCGCCUCGAGUACCUCGGCCGCGUCGACGACACCCCGCGCACCGAGGUCCUCGGCAAGUGGCAGGCCAUCUCGCUCGAGGAGGAGAUGCCCGACAUGUACUGGCAGUACGGCUACUCGGGCUACUCGUACGGCCGCAACCACAACGACGGCUUCACCAUCUACCUGGACGACGCCGAGGCCCAGCCGCUCAUCUACGAGCACGCCGCCAAGGUCAACGCUCUGUAAAAGAGGCGUGUCCCGGGCAGAUAAUGUUGCGCAGUAAUUCAGAGAGAUAUACAUUCGCUCUCUACAAAGCAGAUGCUAGAAAAGCAC